AUGCAAGGGAUUGCGAGGUUAGUUAUACCGAAGAGUAAGGACGAGCUCUCGGCAUUCGUUUGCAUGAUGGCUUGGUGGAGCUGUACCAUUCCGGGCUUGAGCGGCCGGUUGGCUCCUCUUACCAAUCAGACCAAAGAAGGGGUUCGUUUCGAUAUGAAUCUGGAGUGCCAGAUAGCUUACUCGGAUUGCAUGUUUCUUCUAACCAACGGUAUUAGCCUGUAUGCGCCGGAACCAGAGGAAGAGCUUCAUGGUUAUCCGGAUGCUAGCGAGGUGGCCUUGGAGGAAACCUUAAUGAUACAAAGGGCGCCGAAGGAGGUGCUUCGCUUGGGAGGUGAGAUUCGUGGUUGGGCUGACGAGAUGGAGCGACAGAGACUUCAUAGGAAAGGUGUUAAUCCUUGGCGUAUGAUCGGGCGGUCUAACAUUAGAAUGAUGCACAGGUUCGGUACUGGUGGCCCACCUCGAAGGGAUGGAUGCCCAAUAAACAGAGCCUCUCGUGCGAUGGAACAAAUAAGGGAAAAGAGCUGUCUCUUCAAAUUGCCAACAUCAAUGAAGAAUUACGAACUUGCGGCUACCGAGUUUCUGAUAAGCAAGACUAUCUUCAUGAACAUGCGGUCGGUGUAUGUGUUUGUCAUCCAUUCGGAUCACAAGGCGCUCACGUCGCUGUUGAAGGGUGAGCCGGUUUCACCGGAUACUUUGUCCAUCAAGAAGAUCGCUUGGAUCCAAAGUGGUAACGGUUGGACGCGAACGAUGGCCAGGUCUGGAGUUCGACUUGUUUGCGACCAAGGAGAACACACAUUUGCCCAUUGCGCUUCUGAUGAAGAGGGAGGGGGCACAUGGGCGGAGACGGUCGCUAUAGUGCCGGUUUGGUCGGGAGCUACCUGGUUUUCGACAUAUUGUGCCAUACUUAGCGAAGCGCCGAUCGUGGUACCUCCUGAGGCAGAUACGUUCUUUGGAGAGCAUGGUCAGCCUCUUGAACCUCCGUCAUGGGGAUGUUGCUUGAUUGGUCGAAUACAGAGCGCCUGCGUGAAACCUCUGCAGUAUCCACCGCAGAGUUUCGGGAAUACUUUAGGUUUCCAGCGCCGGCCGUUCGGAAUGCGUAAUCUCUACGGGCCUACCAUACCAUGUAUGACCGUGUUAACGCGGGUAGAGCAAAGUAACUCAAACAAGGAGAGACGGAAACCAGUGAUGGCGAUGCAUUGCGUGCUGAGCUCCGUCGGCAAGCGGUUGAACGAGAAGAUGAGUAUGAACAACGUGUGCGUCCUUUACAGGGAGCCUGUGUUUGCAAAGAUUAUGACGUUGCAAGAACCAGAGGAUCAGAUAGAUGAACAGUUGGAUGCAGUUUCGACCCAGGACACGGAUAUGCACACUGCUGCAGGUAAGGACUUUCAGGUAGGUGUGGUGAUGCCUUCUCCGGUCGUGAAUUUGGUCGAUGAGUUCGAGAUUACUGACCAUGAUCGUGUUUUGAAUGAUGUUCUUAUGGUGACUUGCGAUACAAGUAGUCCAUUAAAAGACCUAUUGGUUGGCCAGGGGCCAGUCGUGUCGGAUGCGCCGUGUGCACCGUUUUCGUUGGUGGGGUUUCAAAGCUCAGGGACACCUUGGCUAGCACGGGGUCAGCUUCUUUGCAUGAACCGUUUGUAA